CCCCAGAUUCUCCCGCACUUCCAACAACCAAACACAAAUCAUUCAUUCAUCUACACAGUACAUCCAGAUCAAGAAAAAAGUAGCUCUUAGCGAUUUUCUUCGUCUUGUGCGUUAGCUUGGAGUAAUGGAGAAGGUCUUCCACAACAUCGUCGAUGCCAUUACCGGGAACGACAACGCUGGCGGCCUCCUGUCAUCGAAGAAGACCACUGCCAGGGUCGAAGGGAGAGUUGUACUGAUGAAGAAGAACGUCCUCGACUUCAACGACUUCAUCGGCACUGAGGUGCUCGACGGGAUCCACGAGCUGCUCGGCCAGCGCAUCUCCCUCCGCCUCGUCAGCUCCGUCAACGGGGACCCUGAAAAUGGGCUGAAGGGAAAGCUGGGAAAGCCUGCAUACCUUGAAGAAUGGCUCACUAAGGUCAACCUGGUGGCCGGUGAAACGGCAUACAAAGUAACGUUUGACUGGGACGAGGAGAUCGGGCUCCCGGGGGCAUUCGUGAUAAAAAAUGAGCACCAUAGUCAAUUCUACCUCAGGACCCUCACCCUCGAGGAUGUCCCAGGCCACGGCCGGGUCCAUUUCGUAUGCAACUCGUGGGUUUACCCUGCUGAUAAGUACAAGGAGGACCGUCUUUUCUUCGCAAACAAGACUUACCUUCCAGGCCAAACUCCGGGUCCACUGGCGAUGUACAGAGAAGAAGAAUUGAUCAAUUUGAGAGGAGAUGGAACCGGGGAGCUUAAGGAAUGGGACCGGGUUUAUGACUAUGCUUUCUACAACGAUUUGGGUAAUCCUGAUAAGGGCUCGGAUUAUGCCCGCCCGGUUCUCGGCGGGUCAGCCCAGUAUCCUUAUCCUCGAAGGGGGAGAACAGGCCGAGCCCCGACCAAGACAGAUCCCAACACCGAGAGUAGGGAGCCAUUGCUCAUGAGCCUGGACAUAUAUGUCCCGAGAGACGAGCGAUUUGGUCACCUGAAAAUGUCUGAUUUCCUAGCAUACUCCUUGAAAUCCGUUGCGCAGAUCAUUCAGCCUGCUCUCGAAUCUACUUUUGACGAAACUCCUGGGGAGUUCGACUCGUUCGAGGAUGUGCUCAAGCUGUAUGAGGGCGGGAUUAAGCUUCCAGAUAACUCCUUUCUCGAGACCGUAAAGAAAGAGAUCCCGCUAGAGACGCUCAAGGAAAUAUUCGCAUCCGAUGGGGGUGAAGGAAUCCUCAAGUAUCCCAUGCCUCAAGUAAUCAAAGAGGAUAAGUCUGCAUGGAGGACCGACAAAGAGUUUGGCCGAGAAAUGCUUGCUGGAGUUAACCCAGUCGUCAUUCGUCGCCUCCAAGAAUUUCCUCCGGCUAGCUCACUAGACCCGAAAGAAUACGGAAAUCAGACCAGUACAAUAACGAAGGAACAGAUCGAGAAUGGCUUAGACGGCCUGACUGUGGAUGAGGCGAUUGAGAAAAACCGGCUCUUCAUAUUGGACCACCACGACGCCCUCAUGCCAUACCUCAGGCGAAUAAACACGACUUCCACUAAGACUUACGCAUCUCGAACAGUCCUCUUCUUAAAGGAAGAUGGGACUCUGAAGCCGCUGGCCAUAGAACUCAGCUUGCCACAUCCUGAGGGGGAUCAACUCGGGGCUGUCAGCAAGGUCUUUACACCGGCUCGAGAGGGAGUUGCAGGCUCGAUUUGGGAGCUUGCCAAGGCGUAUGCGGCUGUCAAUGACUCAGGCUACCACCAGCUCAUUAGCCACUUUCUGAAUACUCAUGCGGUGAUCGAGCCCUUCGUGAUUGCGACCAACAGGCAACUGAGCACUCUCCACCCGAUCUAUAAGCUUCUCCAUCCUCAUUUUCGGGACACAAUGAACAUUAAUGCAUUAGCAAGGCAGAUCCUGAUCAAUGCUGGUGGAGUUUUGGAGUCGACGGUUUUCCCGGCAAAGUAUGCUAUGGAGCUGUCAUCUGUUGUUUACAAAGACUGGGUAUUUCCUGAGCAGGCACUCCCGGCUGAUCUCAUCAAGAGAGGAGUGGCAGUUGAAGAUAAGAACUCAACUCACGGACUCCGGUUAUUGAUUGAAGACUACCCUUAUGCUGUUGAUGGGCUCGAGAUUUGGUCCUCGAUCAAGACUUGGGUCAAGGACUAUUGCUCCUUCUACUACACAAGCGACGAGAUUGUUCAGAAAGAUAGGGAGCUCCAGUCCUGGUGGAAGGAACUUGUCGAAGAAGGCCAUGGAGACAAGAAGAAUGAACCCUGGUGGCCCAAAAUGGACAGCGUCCAGAACUUGGUCGAGUCGUGCACGAUCAUAAUCUGGAUUGCCUCGGCCCUCCAUGCUGCUGUCAACUUCGGGCAGUACCCAUAUGCAGGAUACUUGCCGAACCGUCCCACCAUAAGCCGUCGGUUCAUGCCCGAGGAAGGAACUCCAGAGUAUGAAAAGCUCAAGGAGGACCCCGAGAAGGCAUUCCUGGAGACUAUAACCGCAGAGCUACAGACUCUUUUGGGCAUCUCCCUGAUCGAGCUCCUAUCAAGGCAUUCCACCGAUGAGGUGUAUCUCGGGCAGAGGGACAUGCCUGAGUGGACUACUGACAGCGUGCCGCUACAGGCAUUCGAGAAGUUCGCCAAGAAACUGGAGGUUAUUGAGGAGAAGAUCAUGACGAUGAAUGGCGACACAAGGUGGAAGAACCGGGUUGGCCCUGUCAAGGUGCCAUACACACUGCUAUACCCAACCAGUGAGGGCGGACUAACCGGAAAGGGAAUUCCCAACAGUGUCUCCAUCUAAGGGACUGUAAUGUAAAGUUUAGAUUAUUCAAUUUCCUGUAUUGUUUGUUGAUUCUUCUCAGGAUAAGUGGCAAUGUAGCUCGCAGAAAAUUGCAGCAAUUCAAAUCUAAUAAUAAAAGUUACUUCCUCUAUUCCCAAGA